UGUGCAAAAGGUAGAAAGAGCCAGGUCCAUGCUCGGUAGCCUUGGCUAAGACCUUCCCGUCCCUGCUUCCUGGUCCCCAUCUGUGCACCAAUGAGGCUGGUCUGGGUGGUCCCCUAGGUCCCUCCUGAUGGGACUGGUCAAGAGUAAAGGGUCCUCAGAUUCCAGAACCCCCUAGCUAGCGGUUCCCUGGCGUGGGAGAGACUUUCUUCACUGCAGAGGAGGGGGGUGGGUAAAUCUUUAACUAGCCAGCCCAGGGCAGGUCGGAGUCUUUCCGGAUGGAUGGCUGCCUGGAAAGGGGGGGCUGGAGGGGGAAUGCAAGAUGUGUGUAGAUUGCCUGUUGCAGGGUGGAAAAAGGGAGGGUACUGGGGAGGGGAAGGAAUGAGCCUUGGGCGGAGCUAACUCCGUGUAAAGAGCUGGACAUGGAGGAACGAGGGUCUCCGGAUGGGGACCCCGCGCGGAACCUGGAGCAGGGGCCGGAAGGACCGGAAACGCCCAUCCAGGUGGUGCUCAGGGUGCGACCUAUGAGCGCAGCCGAGCUGCGUCGAGGGGAACAGAGCGUUCUGCAUUGCUCAGGGACCCGGACUCUGCAGAAUGCCCGCCCCUCCACGGCCCCCUCCCCAGGUGAGCCCCCCGGGCGGGGGCCCCGACGUGGCGUUCCGCUUCGGCGUGGUGCUGGACGCGACGCGCACGCAGGAGGACGUGUUCCAGGCGUGCGGCGUGCGGCGCCUGGGAGAGCUUGCGCUGCGGGGGUGAGUGACGCGCGGGCCUGGAUGGGGCUCGCUGGGCAUCGUGUCAGCCCGGUCGCCCCCCUCCCGGGCGCCCCCUGGGUCCAGUCACGCCCUGCCGUCUGCAGUUUCUCCUGCACCGUCUUCACCUUUGGUCAGACUGGUUCCGGCAAGACUUACACCCUGACCGGACCCCCUCCCCAGGGGGAGGGGGUGCCAGUGCCCCCCAGCCUGGCUGGCAUCAUGCAGAGGACCUUCGCCUGGCUGUUAGACCGCGUGCAGCGCCUGGGCUCCCAGGUCACCCUUCGCGCCUCCUAUCUGGAGAUCUACAAUGAGCAGGUUCGGGACUUACUGAGCCUGGGGUCUUCCCGGCCCCUCCCAGUUCGCUGGAACAAGACCCGGGGCUUCUACGUGGAGCAGCUCCGGGAGGUGGAGUUCGGGAGCCUGGAGGCCUUGAUGGAACUGCUGCAGAAGGGUCUUAGCCGGCGGCGGAGCUCCGCCCACUCCCUGAACCAGGCGUCCAGCCGAAGCCACGCCCUGCUCACGCUCCACAUCUGCCGCCCGGUUUCCCCAGCCAGCCUGGUCCCCCAGUCCCCGCAGCUGCCUCCUGCAGACGCUGGGGAGCCCCCUGCUGGUGGGAAGCUGUGCUUUGUAGACCUGGCUGGCAGCGAGAAGGUGACAGCCACGGGAUCCCGCGGGGAGCUGAUGCUUGAGGCCAACAGCAUCAACCGCAGCCUGCUGGCCCUGGGUCACUGCAUCUCCCUGCUGCUGGACCCUCAGCGGAAGCAAAGUCACAUCCCUUUCCGAGACAGCAAGCUCACCAAGCUGUUGGCAGACUCCCUGGGGGGCCGUGGGGUCACCCUCAUGGUGGCCUGCGUGUCCCCCUCAGCCCAGUGCCUUCCCGAGACACUCAGCACCCUGCGCUAUGCAAGCCGGGCUCAGCGGGUCACCACCCGGCCACAGGCCCCCAAGUCCCCUGUGGCAAAGCAGCCUCAGCGUUUGGAGACCGAGGUGCUGCAGCUCCAGGAGGAGAACCGUCGCCUUCGGUUCCAGCUGGACCAAAUGGAUCCCAAGGCUUCCAGUUCAGGGCCCAGCGGGGCCCGAGUGGCCUGGGCCCAGCGGAACCUCUAUGGGAUGCUACAGGAGUUCAUGCUGGAAAAUGAAAGGCUCAGAAAAGAAAAGAGCCAGCUGCAGAGAAGCCGAGACCUGGCCCGGAAUGAGCAGCGCAUCCUGGCUCAGCAGGUGCAUGAGCUGGAGAGGCGCCUCCUCUCCAUCUGUCACCUUCGCCACUCGGGCCCUGGCCCAGCCCCACCGUGCGCCUGCUGGAUGGGACCAGCUCACCCCUGCUAUGCACUACCACCCCUCUGCUCCUGCCCCUGCUGCCACCUCUGCCCUCUGGCCCACUGGGCCUGCCCACGGAGGGAGCACCAUCUGCAGCAGGUGCCGAGCCCCGAGCCCCCCGGCGGCCUGCCCCUGUCUGCCCGACCCCCACCCUGCGUACCCCCAUGUGGCUCUGGCUCUGGCUCUGGCUCUGCCAAGUGCCCAAGAGAGAGGAGUCACCGUGACUCGUGGAUGCAGACCAGGGCCCUGGCAGAGAUGCUGACGGAGGAGGAGGUGGUACCCUCUGCACCGCCCCUGCCUGUGGGGCCCCCGGACACGUCGCCUGUGCUGAGAGGUGGGGCUGGGGUUCCGAACCUGGCCCGGAGGCUAGAGGCCCUCAGAGACCAGACUGGCGGCUCCUUACUCCAUGGCCAGAGCCAACCUCCCCCAGCGAGGGUGCACAGAGCCCAGGCCACGUCCUCCCUCCCCACUGAAGGCCAAGUGGACACCCAGGAGCCUGCCGUGUGACCUUGGCCUGGACUCUGUGCUCUUGGGCCUCAGGCUCCAUGUCUGUCGAAUGGGAAGGCCAGUUGCUGCUCCACCUUGUUGCUGGGCUGGGCAGACCAACUCCAGGGCUGGGGUGGGGGCUGCUGGGGGAGAAAGGAAGGGUGUUGCCCUAGCCUUUGAGAAAUGGCUGGAUUCCGGAGAAACCAGGCAGCCGGAGACAACAUGUAUGAAUAAAGAGAGUUGUCGGCUCCGA